GCGUUAGGUCGUCGCUUCAUUUUACACUUCCAAGUAGUCUGAGACCAGCUUUGCGCGCAAAAUGUUCUCGGGUCUCGUGUUGUUUGUGGCAAUUGUGACGCUAAACGCUGCCGCAGCGGUGCUGGCUCCAGUGAAGGUGUUGAACGAUGGCAACAAGAUGCCGAUGCUUGCACUGGGGACGCACAAUUCAACCGGUGAGGCAGCGUUCGCAGCCACUGUCUCGGCCAUCGAGCUAGGCUAUCGGCAUAUCGACACUGCAGUCAUCUACGAAAACGAGGAGCAGAUAGGCAGAGCUGUCGCUGAUGUGGUUAAGCGAGGAGUAGUCAAGAGAGAGGAUCUCUUUAUUACAACCAAGCUUUGGAAUGACAAGCACUCCAGAGAAGACGUAGUUCCGGCAUUAAAAGAAGCUUUGGGAAGACUUAACUUGACAUAUGCGGACUUAUACCUCAUCCAUUUUCCCAUCGGUGAAAAGGCUAAUGAUAAACUGGCGGAUACAGAUUAUCUUGAAACGUGGAUGGGCAUGGAGGACGCCAAAAAGCUGGGACUGGCCAAAUCUAUUGGAGUGUCCAACUUCAACAGCGAGCAGAUAGACAGGAUUAUCGCCAACAGCCACACGAUACCCGCAGUGAAUCAAAUAGAGGUAAACCCGUCGCUGACGCAAGAAUCUUUGGUAACCUACUGCCAAAAAAAAGGAAUCGUGGUCAUGGCCCACAGCCCAUUCGGCUUCAUGGUAGAUCGAGAAUCUCUGGAGUCCCCGCCUCCCGCACCCAAUGAUCCGGUACUGACGAAGAUAGCGAAGAAAUAUGGGAAGACUACGUUUCAAGUGGUGCUGCGGUAUUUGGUUGAUCGCGGAACAGCUCCAGUACCCAAAUCAGCAGACAAGCAUCGCCAAAAGCAGAACAUCGACAUUUACGAUUUCAACCUUACGGAGGAAGAAAUUGCAGCUAUCAACAAAUUUAACAGUAAUACCAGAGUAAUAAAGGGUGUGUUCUGGUUAGAUCACCCGUAUUACCCUUUUAAUAAAGAGUAGAUUGCCUACACGUAAAAUAUUAAGGAAUAAGGAUAUAAAUUUGAUCUACACAUAUAUCAUAAACCUUCUAUGACGCCUUAAAAAUCCGUAAGUAAUGGCCAACAUUAAGGUAAACUGUUUGGUUACAACAAAUUUCUUAUCUGCGAAAACGUUGUAAUAGCUUCAAAUGAUGUAGUAACAUCAAAAUUUGGUUAUGAUAUUCAAAUUUCGAGCAUCUCUGAAAAAAAAGCAAUUCGAUUCGACCUCUAUUCUAAUAUCAGUCGAGAUGCCUUUUUGUUCGACAUGAAAUGUAAAUAAAAUUGCAUACAAUUAUCGAACGAUACGGAAAUAGGCCCGCCCGAAUCUAGUUUGUCUCUACGAAUGUGUGAAAAAAGUUUUCAUUUACCGCCAUUUGACGUACAGUUUAACUUUUAAUUAGUUUUAAGUAUAAAAUGAGUUUGUUUUGUUGUUUUUAAAGUAACAAUAGCAAAAGUUUAGUUUAAAAUGAGCUAUAAAAAUAUUUCGGCGACGCCGCCACAUAUCCGCGAAUUCCGCCAAAAGAGCAACGAUUUCCCAAUGUUGGCUGUAAUUGGGGUUUGUGUAUAUAUAAUAGAAAGUUUAUAAUAUGUAUGUAGAUAAAAUAGUGUUUGUAACUCUACAUAAUCAGGCAUUGAAAUACUCGUGUGGUCCUUUUAAGAAACUCACUUCGUUCGUUUCACACUCACACUUGUGUUUUAAUGUCUCAUUAUGUAGCAGUCACAUAAACUACUAUUACUCAGCGCCUGGCUUCUACAUAAUCGACUAGAAAAGCAUUUACGCGUUUAAAUAAUAUACUGUUACUUCAUCUUGCACGCACUAAUCAGCAUUAACGCUUUUCAAGGUCGCAUCAAAAUAAGAUCAAAACCGUAAAAAUGUAGUUGGUAAAUCUGAUAGCUUACCGCGAAAAUCGAAAGUCCAAAUUUUUAUAUCUGCCUCUCUAUCAGUCUCAUAUUCGAGCGAUAAAGAGGCAGAUACCAAAAUUACAGGACCUGUGAAUAGCUGGGCUCCUAAUCUUAGACGAUUAGACGAAGGAGUUGAGACGCAUGCAGUAUGUCAUAUAGAAAGUUGUGGACUAUUUAACGCCAUUAUUUAACUUGAUUAUCCAUUGUUCAAUCUAGUUUUGAGCUAAUCACAAAGAGAUCAAAAUGAAAUUUCAGAAAAGAUGAUAUAAAUUGAAUGUGUAUGAUUUGUAAAUACUGCGAGGUGAGAAAUAAAACACAAAAGUACGUACUACCAUCUAGUAUUUUAGAUGGUAAAUACUUCAUAAUUAUAAAAUGUAUUAUAAAAGAAACAUAAGUAAAUUAUAGAUUCCCCAUUUGUGAUUCUGUAACUUAAAGUACUAAUUAAAUUAUAAUUAUAUUAUAAAA